UAAAACUCGUGUCCACACCUACUAUAUAUAGACAUGCAUGCCUCGAGAGCAAUGCAAGCAUCAAUCAAUCAAGCAUGGCUUCCCUUCAAUCUUCAUUCAUGGUGAUGGCGACCACGACCAAUCCCAACCUCCGCACCACCUCCCAGCUCGCCAGCAGGCGGAGGCGCCGCUUUGAGGUGUCGUGCAGCAGUGAUGGAGGCGGCGGCGGCCGUGUAGACCGCAGAAACAUGCUGCUUGGUCUGGGUGGUCUAUACGGCGCAAGCGGCCUCAUCCGCAAAGCUGAGGCGGUUCCGAUUUCACCUCCUGACCUGAGCAAGUGUGAUCCCAAAGGUGCCUAUACUUCUAGAAACGGGGAGAUAAUAUCUCUAGACGCCAACUGCUGCCCGCCCUACACGGACGUCGAGGAAGAGUACACGCUUCCGACGUUCACAAAGCUUCGCAGGAGGCCGGCGGCGCACAGGCUGACACCGGAAUACAUAGCCAAGUACGAGAAAGCCAUCCAGAUGAUGAAGGAUCUGGACGUGACGGACCCCGACGAUCCCCGGGGCUUCACUCAGCAGGCCAACGUCCACUGCGCUUACUGCAACGGCCCCUACGACCAGGUGGACCACCCCGGCAUCGAUAUCCAGGUUCACAACUCAUGGAUCUUCUUCCCCUUCCACAGGUGGUACCUCUAUUUCUUCGAGAGGAUCAUGGGCGAACUCAUCGGAGAUCUCGAUUUCGCCCUGCCCUACUGGAACUGGGACAACCCUAGGGGCAUGCAGAUGCCCUCGAUGUUCGACAGGGACGCGUCGCCACUCUACGACGUCAACCGCGACCCGACGCAUCGGCCCCCGGCCAUCGUUUCUCUUGCCCUAACCAACCCCCCGAUCACCGAUCCCGUACAGAUCAUCUCCAACAACCUCAAUCAGCUGUACAAGGAAAUGGUUGGUGAUGUCGAAUCCGCUACCAACUUCAUGGGCGAGCCUUACGUUGACGGAGACUUGCCCCCGCCACGCUCCAAGGGAGGAUUGUCGGAGGGCGGCUCACACACCGGCGUCCACGUCUGGACCGGAAACCCCGCCAACAAUUUCCGCGAAGACAUGGGGAACUUCUACUCCGCCGGAAGAGACCCUCUCUUCUACGCACAUCACGCUAACGUCGACAGAAUGUGGACUAUAUGGAAAACGAUCCCAUCCGUUUUCCCGAAGGAUAUCAACGAGCUCGUCGUCCCCAACCCCGACGACUUCAACAACGCCUCCUUCAUGUUCUACAACGAGAAGAGGAAGCUGGUGCGCGUUAAGGUCGCCGACUGCUUGGACCACACAAAAAUGGGAUACGAGUAUGAAUAUAGCCAUACACCAUGGAUGACCUACCGGCCACCUCAGCGGCCGGAACCGGUCAAUACCGCAGAACUCGCCAAGACGGCGGAGACCGGAGACAAUGUGUUCCCUCUCAUUCUCAAUAAGCCUCACAGGGUUGUGGUGCCCAAACCAUUCAAAGGCAAAGCCGACGAAGUGCUGGUGCUGGAGGACAUAAUCUGCGAUAGCUUGAAGCUCGUGAGGUUCGAUGUGUUCGUGAAUGAUGCAGACGACACGCCACAGAAGCUCGAUAGGGCUGAGUACGCCGGGUGCUUCACGCAGAUCCCGCACAGGGUUAGGGCCAAGGAAAGCGCCAACGACCUUCACUUGAACUUGAAGGAACUCUAUGAGAACAUUAAUAUUGCUGAUGAUGAUUUCAUUGUCGUCACCAUCGUUCCCCACAUUAACGGCGACGAUGUUACCAUCGGUGGUAUUAAGAUCAUCCCGCGUGUUACCGCUUGAUCUCUGCAUCACCGUGUUUAGGAUUUCCAUGUUUUGUGUGGCUGAGUGAGCCUUUCUUUCUUGCGAAUAACCGCGCAUUUUCAUGCUCCUUCCGACUACGGGAAGAAUGUAACAUUUAUUUUGUGAAAGUCUUUCUAUUCUAUGUUAUGUACCAUUUUACUCUCC